AUGCAGCUUCUCACUUUCCUCACCGGCACCCUUGCCCUGGCAGCUACCGUCGUUUCAGGCUAUGAUUUGGAUGGAUAUCAUGGGAAAGAAUGCGGUGGUGCCUUGAUCUACAGUGUUGGCGAUUACACUGAGACCGGGUGCUUCAAUUUCGACGCGGAGGCGGGCCACCGCGUCUGGUCUGUCAAGGCCACGUACAGCACCAGCAACUACAAGAUCUAUACCUAUCCUAAGGAGAACUGCAAGGGCGAUUCCUCCAAUGAUGCCCUAACAUCUGGUGAAUGUAGAACUUACUGGGCCAGUUCGAAUGAUCAAGUGGCCCUUUAUUCCUACAAGGUGGUCAAAGCUUAG